AAAACGUGUGAUGGCAACAACUCGCCAUAAACGUUGUCGUGUGAGUUGAUGGAAAAAAACAAAAUAGACGUCAAAGGGUUGUUUUUGUUUUCCCGAACAUCUGCAAUAUGACCCGGACUUAAAGCAGAAAGACGUGGUCAAGUUCGCCCACAAUCAAAAAGACGGCCGAGUGCAGGGGGAACAUCGUCAUGGUAACAGAAGAAGUCGCCGCGAUGACCACGAGCAGCGAGACGGGCCUGAUCCUCCGUGAUCCGGUCUCGCAGCUGAGCAUCAUUCCGAGGAGAUUGACGGCUCGGAGAGGCUGCCAAGAAAUCUUCUCAACAUCCAUCCAUCCAUCCAUUUUCUUCGGGGCUUAUUCUCACGAGGGUCGCCGGGAGUGCUGGAGCCUAUCCCAGGUGUCAAUGUGCAGGAGGCGGGGAACUAGAGUGCCCGGAGGAAACCCACGCAGGGACGGGGAGAACAUGCAAACUCCACACAGGCGGGGCCGGAAUCGAACCCGGGACCUCAGAACUGGUUAACACCAGCGGAGCUGCGUUCCCUCCUCCUGAUGUUAACGCACACACACACGUUCUCAGCUGAGCCACAGAGGAGGGGUCGCCACGAGCCCCAGCUGUCGUCAGCUCAGACAGAGCUGAGUCUGGUCUAUCCCGGACAGACGCCGCCGCAGACGCAGCCGAUCCAUGGGACUCCAGAGCUGGCCCCCCAGCACAGCACCCUCCGUGAUGGCCUGCCUCCAUGUGGAGACCCCCUCCAUCUGCAUGGGUAAAUUCAAAUCAGCCCUUCAGCUCCGCCUGCAGCACAGACGAAGUCGGGAGCAACUCGUGGAGCAAGGCAUCAUGCCCCCUCUGAAAGCCCCCGCCGCCUUCCAUGAGCACAUUCGCAGUCUGGAGAGAGCGAGGACGGGGAACUUACUGAAGCACAAGCUUUCCCGCAGACCCGCUCGCUCCGAGCUGGUCCGCUUGCACAUCCUAAGAGAGGGCGAGCCCGACGCUUCCGUGCAGGCCGCUCAAAUGAAGCUGAAGAGGGCCCGGCUAGCCCACGAUCUCAGCAAGAAGAUCUCCGACAGGCCUGGGCCUAUGGAGCUGGUGGAGAAGAACAUCCUGCCCGUGGGCACCGGCGUCAACAAGGACCACAACGGUGAUAGUCCAGACCCUAGUGAGCUGGCGGAUGUGUACACUUUCACUGAGGACAACAGUGACGCUUUUUCGCCAGACCUUUGUCGCCGAACGUCUCCGAGGACCGGCUCGGCUUCGCCGACUCCGACCGACGUGUCUCUUGCCUGUUUCGGCUCCUCCGUGCAGCAGCCCUCACCGUGUAACUCCUCCUCCGACUUAUCCUCCACCGGCGAGCAAGCUGCAGGUUCAUCUGCUGUACUCACAAAGCAGAGCUCGCCAAAGCCGCCGGGCGAGAAAAGCCGGAGCAGCAAAAAGAGCCGAGAGGCCAAGCCGAGGAUACGCAAGCUAAAGUAUCAUCAGUACAUCCCCCCGGACCACCACAAGCACGAGCUGAAGCCUUUGCCGGCCGCAGCGGCGGCGGCGGCGCACGUGGACCCCGCUUACGUGCGCAUCCUCCAACAGCAGCAGCAUUUCCUGCAGCUGCAGAUCCUCAGCCAGCAGCGCUUCGGACACCAGCAUUCGACCGGCGAGUUUCAAACCAGCUGCUCUGGCAAGGUUCAGAAUGAAAACUGCAAGCCGGAUCAGUUGCCGGCCAACGUGGACGAGAUGAAGGUAGCCGAGCUGAAAGUGGAGCUCAAACUGCGCUCGCUUCCCGUCUCUGGAACCAAGAUGGAUCUGAUCGAGCGGCUGAAGCUGUACCACGAAAGCUUCGGCGCCGCCAAGGCGAAAGCUCCCGAAAACACCCCGCCGGCGUCCCCCAAAGCGGCCGUCUCGGAGGACGACGGCGGGGCGGACGUUGCCGCGCCGGCCCCCGCGGACGAGAGCGGGUCCCGCGAGAAAGACCGCCGGCUCUACGAGAAGGAGCGCCAGAUCGAGGAGCUGAAGAGGAGGUUGGAGCACGAGCAGAGGCUGGUGGAGCAGCUCAAGAUGCAGCUGGAGGUGGAGAAGAGGAGCCAGCAGCCGGGGGGGGGGUCCUCGCCCCCCCGGGAGCAGGAACGCGCGGAGGUCGGAAACCGGGAGGGCGCGGAGCGCGGCCUCGUGACUCCACCUGACGACUCGCCGCCUCCGAGCAAGACGACGCCGCAAAGCGUACUCGAGCCGUUUCCGUCCAGCGUCGCUAAAGCGCCCUUGAGCGAGGCCGUCCGUGGCGGUCACCCUCCUCCAGCCUUCACGCCGCCGCUCAAAUGUAAAAAUCGGAGAGAGCCUCCUCGCUACGAAGACGCCGUCAAACACACGCGCAUGCUGCCUGCCAUACAGGGCUUGUGCGCCGCGAGCCAGCAGAUGGACGACCUGUUCGACAUCCUCGUUGAAAGCGGUGAGAUGUCGCCCUUCCUCAAACCCGACGUCCCCGACGCCAACAAGCGAGUGGCCGUCACGCCCAGCGUCACCCUCCUGCCCGUCAACACCGCCCUGUCUCGCCCGCCGCCCCGCGUCCAGGUGGCGCACAUGCCCGCCGAGGAGCUUCCGUUGCCCCUGGUCGCCAUGGAGAUGGAUCUGGGCGACGACAUGAUCGCGGACUCCGACCUCCAAGGGAUGGACUGGCUGGACCUUAGCGUGUCAGCGGGCGAGGGCGUCUUCUCCACGGACUUCCUGGACACUUACCAGCUGCUCUAAGGGAACGACGGCGGAAACUUCCUGUGAGGAAAGAUUCCAGCGGCAGGACUUGAAAAGCUGCUGGGAGCGUCGACAACCAUUUUUGUUCUGAAGCCCGACUGACGUUCUCGCCCAAAAGCGAGCACGUUUGUCCGUUUGGCUAAAGUUGGCAAGGCUUCUGUGACAACGUAAAGUCAGCGGUACCCGCAGAAAACGCAACGUGAGGCUACAAAUAGGAAAGGGACAGGACUGGAGGUGUCACAGAAAGCCACAAGAAAAACUGAACCCUUGCGAGUUCAAAGGUCAAAUUAAAGUUAUGGCGCAUUUCAUGUUCAUGAUGAAAUUAUUAGACAUACUCUCAUGGUUAGUUGGGGGGAUUCUUGUGAUGAUGACACGACACAUCCAGCAGAGAUGAGGUUUCCGCUUAAAAAAAAAAGUGUGACUGCGACGCCACCUUCUGGUCAUUUCCGGAGUUGCUCAGCUUGGACAUGAAAGUAUUUACGAUACUAGUACAAGUCGACUCAUUGUCAUGCAUAAUUUAUAUACGCCCGUUCUGUUUCUCGUGUGUUUGUUUACUUUUAUAUGAAUGUCACUUGUCAGCUACAUCAUUUCCUACAUGUGAAAAGUAUACAUGACGAAUUUUUAACUUUGAAUUUCGAACUUUAAAUGUCCAGCCACAUCGGCGGCAGAAUGGUGUAACUGGUUAGAUUGUUGGCCUCGCAGUUCUGAGGAUGGGGGUUCAAAUCCCGGCCUCCCCUGGUGUGGAGAUUGCGUGAGUUGUAAAUCAUUCUUUAAAUUUUUUCCAACAGUGUCACUGGAAUUUAAGUUCGUAAAAAAAAAUAAUAAUAAUAAUUCAAUUUUUGCGUGAGUUUCAAGAAAUUGUACCUUCAUUAGAUUUCUAUAGGGGUACUAACAAUACUGUCCGGGUGUGUACAAAAUGUAGCUCAGAAAUAUAAAAUGGAAAAAUAUCUACAAUUUUAAAAAGGAAAGUAGUAGUAGUAAAAAUAUUAAAAUACCACGGACCUGUUUGACGAGCAGCUACUUGGCACUGGAGCGCCCCCCGGUGGACAUUUUCCAGAACUCGCUGUCGACACGUGUUGGGGACACCGCAAAUUCCUUCGUGGUGGUCGUACUGCACUGCUAUGCAGUAGUUAUAAUCAUUAAAAAGUACAAUCGCAAAUGAAGAAAGAGA